UAUAUAUAUAUAUAUAUAUCAUGUUGAGGUCAUGUGAGAAUCAUAAAAGCACAGUUAUGUGUGCGUAUACAUAUGUCACAUAUUAUUGCACAUGCAUGUGUAUACGCAUAUAUAUCAUGCAUAUAUAGUAGUACGUAGUUUUACAUAUUAUAUUCAUCGUACGUGUAGAAGUCGCAUUCCAACGUCUAAGUUUUUAAAGAAAUAAAUAAAUUACUUUGGUCAGAAAUGUGCUAUUAUUUCAUAGUAAGCUUAACGAUUCCAUUUUAACUCUUUUAUUUUUAUUCUUGAUAUAUACAUUAACAAUGUUAAUAAUUUUUAUUUUUAUUCAUUUCUGCAUUCACUUUUAAAAUGAUUCAUAAAAUAAUAUGCUAGUUUUUCUGUUUCAGGCGAUAUACAUGUAUUUUUGUUUUUGAUUUUUUUUUCUUAUCAGAGAGAAAGUACGUAAGUAAAGUAUAGUAUAAUACUACAGUGAUUCAGAGAAGAAAAUUGUUGAUUGUUAGCAGAAUGUUGGCCCUUGGAAGAUUUUUUAUCAAACAACGAUUUAUCAGAAAUUAUGCAUCUGGAAAGAAACUAUUAGAAAUUGCAGAAGAUCAAAAUACAGGAAUACAUAUAAUAUCUAUGGCACGACCUCCAGUUAAUAGCUUAAACCUGGAGUUAUUAGAAGAAUUGAAAACAUCUUUGAUAGAAGCCCAGAAAAGCAAUUGUAAAGGCAUUGUUCUGACUUCAUCACUACCAACAGUUUUCUCAGCAGGCUUAGACAUUAUGGAAUUUUAUAAGCCAGAUAUUGAGAGAUUGACUGCUUAUUGGCGUACUUUGCAAGAUACAUGGAUGACUUUAUAUGGUUUAGAAAUACCAAUUGCUGCUGCAAUUAAUGGUGCUAGUCCUGCCGGUGGAUGUUUAUUAGCCAUUUCUUGUGAAUACAGAGUUUUUGUUGAUGGGAAACAUACCAUAGGAUUAAAUGAGACACAAUUAGGUAUUAUAGCUCCACAGUGGUUUAUAGAUCUAUUUGUUAAUACCAUUGGUUAUAGACAUGCCGAAUUAGCUUUGUUGAGGGGCACACUUUUUUAUCCUAAUGAAGCAUUAAAUAUUGGACUUGUAGAUGAAUUGGUAAAUGACAAAGCAGAAGCCAUUAAAAAAUGCCAAAAGUAUAUAUCUUCUUAUGACAAAAUACUUAAACAAGCUAGAAAUAUAACAAAGUUAAAACUUCGUGAAAAGUUAAUUUCCUGGCUACAAGAACAUCGAGAGAUUGAAUUAAAUAAUAUUAAACAAUUUAUUCAAUUAGCAAAUAUUCAAAAAAGUCUUCAUGCAUACAUUGAAACAUUGAAACAAAAACAAAAACAAAAUUAAAUAUUUUUUAUGUUAUUAUGCAACAUUUAUUAUAAUUCGAUAAAAUAAUAUUUAUAUAUUAUAUAUAAAUGAUAUUAAAACAUGAUAUUAUUAAGAAUCUUUUAUUAUAAAUAUAAAUAUUUAUAAUAAAUAUAAGUAUUUUCUACUUGAACAUACUGUUUGAAUGAAA